GCUCACUGUCAGCCUCAUCAGGAGCACUGUGUUUGGUUGUGUGUGUCUCCCUCUCUCUUUGCAAAGGAGCUGUGCCUCUCUCCUUCGUCUCUCUGCCCAGGGACAUGUAUUAAGGGCCUGCCUGCAUGCAGUUCUAUUGGGCAGGAGUGGGGCAGGUCUCUGGAAGGCCACCAGAGGGGUUGAAAACCUCCUGACUACCAUAAGGCCUUGCUGUGAGGGGACAAGGAAGGCUGGUUGAGGAACAGGAUAUGUCCACAGUAACGGACUGUGAUGUCAUAGAAGAUUAUGACUUCAAAGAGGAUAAAUAAUAAGUAGCAAGAGCAGAUGAACAGCUAAGCAGUCCUCGCUGACAUCAAGGCUCCAUUGUGCUGGAUGAUGUACGUACACAUACUAAGAGACAGAGUCUGCCCUGAAGAACCUACAAUCCAAGGGCUUGUCUACAUCAACAGGGGUUAAAAUACCUGUGAGGAAAAAUCCCAUAAUGCUCACCACUAGCUACAAAGGCAAACAGCCCACCUUCUCUUUUGAAAGACAAAUCAAAUUUUCUGCAUGCCUGGAUUUGGCCUUUGCACAGAAUCAAAGUUUUGUGCAGCAGCUCCGAGCCACCCCGCAGAGGGAUAUAUGGCAAAAGCAGCCUCCCGAUUUUAGCCACAAAUUAUAUAAAUCUUCCAGGCCUUCACGAAAACCACCAGAAAAGGAAAAGGAAGAUCUGAAGAAGGCCAAGAGCACAGAAUCUGAGACUAAGCAACAGCUUCCAAAGAUAAAGUCCAGACAGUUCCACGCUGCUUUGGAAAGGAAGAAAGAGUUGCCCAAGAUUGUCACAAGGUUUCCACACGUGGGCUCAUAUGAACUGGAUAUAAUGUUUGUGAAGAAUGGAAAAUAUAAGACUGGCAUAUACCAAGAUCCCAAACCACAUGAUUUUAGGCAGUAUGAAACUAAUAUACCAGACUUUGUGACAAGUUACCCCAGAGACCCUUUCAAUUUAAAGUUCAAAUCUCAGCAUUUAAAUGCAGUUCAUGCACUUCAGCCAUUGAAAGACAAGCAAAAGGACACCAAGGGGAGAUUCAUUACGUACAAGCCUCAUGAAUGCAAAUGGGAAUCCAGGCUAAUUCUGCCAAAGAAUGCUUGGCCACCGAAGUCUGCUUCAUUUACGAGACACAGAAGGCGACGUGGUGUCCACACAGCAUUCCUAGAUCGUGUGAAUGAAAAGCUAUGUACAAUAUGGCAGGAGGAAGUAGGAAAAGAAUGCAGCCAGGAUGAAAGCACAGCUGCGGCAAUCUUCACUGUUCAGAUGGAUGACUAUCUAGGUGGGAAACCUGUGCAGAGUAGAGAAAUUCAAGGACACGAGUCUACUGACUUCGUUGGAUAUUUCAAAGGAGGGAUUAAGUACAAGGCAGGUGGUGUUGCAUCUGGAUUUAAACACGUAGUCACUAACGACUUGAGUGCACAGAGGCUUCUGCAUAUUAAGGGCCGGAGGGUAGUGAGAGCUACAGAAGUUCCUCUCAGCUGGGCCAGUUUCAACAAAGGAGACUGUUUCAUUGUUGAUCUCGGAACUGAAAUUUACCAGUGGUGUGGCUCAACAUGCAAUAAAUUUGAGCGUCUGAAGGCUUCUCAAGUUGCUGUUGGCAUUCGGGACAAUGAGAGGAAUGGAAGAUCUCAGCUAAUUGUUGUAGAAGAAGGAAGUGAGCCAAGACAACUUACAAAGGUUUUAGGGACUAAGCCACUGCUUCGUGAGGGUGAUGAUAAUGAUGAUGAGGCAGCUGAUAUCACAAACAGGAGAAUUGCUAAACUAUACAUGGUGUCAGAUGCAAGUGGGUCCAUGAAGGUGUCGGUGGUUGCAGAGGAAAACCCCUUCUCUAGGGCUAUGCUUUUGUCUGAAGAGUGUUUCAUUUUGGACCAUGGUGCUGCAAGAAAGAUCUUUGUGUGGAAAGGCAAAGAUGCUAACCCACAUGAGAGAAAGGCAGCCAUGAAGACUGCCGAAGAAUUCAUACAACAAAUGAACUACCCUGCCAAUACCCAGAUUCAAGUGCUUCCAGAAGGAGGGGAAACUCCAAUCUUCAAACAGUUCUUCAGAGACUGGAAGGAUAAAUAUCAAAGUGAAGGCUUUGGGAAAGUCUAUGUCACUGAGAGAGUGGCUAGAAUUGAGCAGAUUGAAUUUGAUGCUACCAAGUUACAUGAAUCUCCACAAAUGGCUGCCCAACACAAUAUGGUUGAUGACGGUUCAGGGAAAGUGGAGGUCUGGCGUGUUGAAAGUAAUGGCAGAAUCCCUGUGGAGUCUGGGACAUACGGAGAAUUUUUUGGCGGUGACUGCUACAUUAUACUUUAUACUUAUCCUAAAGGACAGAUCAUCUACACAUGGCAAGGCGCACAUGCAACAAAAGACGAGCUGACUGCAUCUGCAUUCCUGACUGUUCAGCUUGAUCGGUCACUAAAUGGACAGGCUGUCCAGAUCCGGGUCUCCCAAGGAAAAGAACCUGCACAUUUGCUGAGUUUGUUCAAAGACAAACCACUCAUUGUCUACAAGGAUGGAACAUCCAAGAAAGGAGGUCAGAAACCCGCUCCCCCCACACGUCUCUUUCAAAUUCGCAGGAACCUGGCGUCCAUCACCAGGAUUGUGGAGGUUGAUGUUGAUGCAACUUCAUUGAACUCCAAUGAUGUUUUUGUUUUGAAACUGCCAACGAACUCCGGCUACACCUGGGUCGGAAAAGGAGCAAGCAGAGAAGAGGAAAAAGGAGCUCAAUAUGUAGCCAGCAUUCUGAAAUGUCAAACCACUAGGAUUGAGGAAAGCCGGGAACCAGAGGAAUUCUGGAGAGCCCUUGGAGGUAAGAAAAAAUACCAGACUUCAGCACAGCUGCUAACUGAGUCUGAAGACCACCCGCCUCGUCUCUAUGGCUGUUCCAAUAAGACUGGCAGGUUUAUUAUUGAGGAGGUCCCAGGAGAAUUCACUCAGGAUGAUUUAGCUGAAGAUGAUGUCAUGUUGUUAGAUACUUGGGAGCAGGUGUUUGUCUGGAUUGGUAAAGAUGCUAAUGAAACUGAGCGAAAUGAAUCUGUGAAAUCUGCCAAACGCUAUAUUGAGACAGAUCCUUCUGGAAGAGACAAGGGGACCCCACUUGUUGUUGUGAAGCAAGGAUAUGAACCCCCUACAUUCACAGGCUGGUUCUUGGGCUGGGAUUACAACAAAUGGAAAAACUGAUCUAUCAGUGAAGGCCUCUGCUACAAACAGAAUGCAGUCAGAGCACAACUAUUCUCUAGUAUUCUUAAGCAUUAGCUUGUAAAACAAUAUUGAUGCAGCAGUUGUCACCCAUUCCGCAGCUUUCGUAUAUUCCUCUGAGUAAACUAGCAUGUCUUAGCUUUGGAAAGGUUAAAUGAGAUGAUAAAGUAGUAACAUAAUUUCUUAGUGGUGGGUUGGGUUUUUUACACAGUAUCUAUGUGGAGUGAUACCAUUGGUUUGGUCUUAAAAUGCCUUUUUCUAAACAAAAACUGUAGAUCAGUUACACAUUAAUAUACAAUUUACAAGCUAACAUUCAUCAGUGGGCCAAAUUCUGCUUUUUACACCAGAAUAAGUGAGAGCAGAAUUUGGCCCACCCAGGACCCAUUGAUGUUGAGGGGAAAGAAUCCCAGCAGCAGGAUUGGGCCCUAAUUUACCUAAAGUGUCAAAAUCCUGCGGUCCUUACUAGUACAAAACUUCCAUUGCAGUCUGAAUCAGGAAUGAGAGCUUCUGUCCUGCAGGAGUCCGAGAGAGCCAAUGUGAAAAUGGUACUUUGUUACAUGUGGUUCAGGAAAUGGAUAUAAUCUGAGUGGAGCAGAUGCUAUAGGCUUGAAUGAAUGUGAUGUGAACAUAUAUCAUCAUAAGGCCCGGUACAGUUGGCUGUGACAGACACUGUUUCUAUAGAGCCCUCAGACACAUACUGGCUGCGUGUUAUCCCUGUUAGGGGUGGGCAAACUUUUUGGCCUGAGGGCCACAUUGGGGUUCAGAAACUGUAUGGAGGGCCAGGUAGGGAAGGCUGUACCUCCCCAAACAGCCUGGCCCCUGCCCCAUCAACUCCCUCCCACU